GUGUGCCGUCUGCCCCGGUGGGAACCAGCACAGCCUUGGGCUCCAUCCCUGACUUUCGCUCUGGAAGCCUCGGCCCCGCAGACAGACGGACGGACAGACGGACGGCGAGGACUCGCGACAUGCUGCAGCCCAACUGCUCGGAGCACAGCCGCGCAGCGGAGGUGGCCGCGGCCUCGCUGCUGCUGCUGGAGUGCGGGCUGGGCACGCUGGGCAACGCCGUGGCGCUCUGGACCUUCUUCUUCCGUCUGAAGGUGUGGAAGCCCUACGCCAUCUACCUGUUCAACCUGGUCCUGGCGGACCUCCUGCUGGCCUCCUGCCUGCCCUUCCACGCCGCCUUCUACCUGGGACGCAAGAGCUGGGGCCUGGGGCGCACGUCCUGCCAGGCGCUGCUCUUCCUGCGCGCCCUGUGCCGCGGUUCGGGCGUGGCCUUCCUCACGGCCGUCACCCUGGACCGCUACCUGCGGGUGGUCCACUCCAGGCUCAGGGUCAACGCGCUGUCCCUGCGGGCGGCCUGGGGCAUCUCGGCCCUGGUCUGGCUGCUCAUGGCCGCGCUCACCCACCAGAGCGCGCUCCUCUCGGAGGCGGACUGCCCCAGCUCCGAGCCCCAGGAAGAGUCCUCCUUCCGUCGCCUCUGGCAGGAGGCGCUCUUCUUCAUCCAGUUCAUCCUGCCCUUCGGCCUCAUCCUGUUCUGCAGCGCGGGCAUCCUCAGGACCCUGCGGCAGCGGCUGCGGGAGCCGGACAGGCAGCCCAAGCUGCGGCGGGCGCAGGCGCUGGUGGGCGCGGUGGGCGCGCUGUUCGCGCUGUGCUUUCUGCCCUGCUUCGUGGCCCGCGUCCUGCUGGCUGCCUCCCGGGGGGCGCGCGCCUGCGGGCUCCGGAGCGCCGCGGUCCACGCGGCCGACGUGACCGGCAGCCUCACCUACCUGCAGGGCGUGCUGAACCCCGUGGUGUAUUGCUUCUCCAGCCCCGCCUUCCGGCACUCCUACCGCAAGCUCUUCUACAGCCUCACCCUGCGCGCCCGCCAGCGGCACGCAGAGGCCCCGGGCUGGGACCUCAGAGACUCGGACUCCUGAGGACCGCCCGCCCUUCCCGUCUCCAGGACGACUCCCCCGGGGGCGAGCAAGCAGGAUGGGAAGUCAGGAUUAGGCUCUACACACUCCCCACCGUGGUCAUGGGGAUUUCCUCCAGCGAUGGAGCCUCACGGAGCCGCUACACAAAACUGAGCCGGCAGAGCCUCCGUGACACAAUUCUGAGGCAGGCUGAACUGCUCAGUCAUGGCCCCACGCUCAGAGCUGAGGAAAGAUGCUCUGGUGUCCGCUGAAGGAGGGGGAGGAGGAGGAAGGUGGCAUGGCUGGUGUGGUUCUGACGGUUCGGCGUUGGCAAAUCACUUAACUUCCUCUGCUGAUUUGUUAAAGCAAACUGCUCUUUGGCACCUGCUGUGCAGACCGUGGUAACUGACGUGGGGAAGUGGGGCUUCGGGGCUGAAACCAGGUUCCGCCGGGUGUAAGCGUCCCGUGCUCAGCUCUGCUUAGCUCACCGUGGUUUGAUAAACUCGAGCUUCACUUGCAUAAAUUAUAGGUCACACCAAGACAGCACGGUCAGUGCCUACCUUUGUUAUUAGGAGCGCUUUCUUACUAAACCUCUCAAAAGUGCUCGUAGAACUCUCUAAGGUUUGAAUGGCUACGUGCUUCUGAGAAUCCGUCUGCUUCCUCUCUCUGUUUGAGCCUCCUAGAAGGAGCACUCGGAGUGAGACACCACUUUGCGUGUGACAGCGUGCUUUCCACCCCAAUGCCCUCGACGCCAAAGUCCUGAGCAAGGUGGCUGGGGCCUGGCCGGGAGCAAGGCCACUGCAGAGGAGGUGGGCAGAGCCCCUGGAAACCGGCAAUAGUGGCCUCCUCCUCUCUCUUAAAUGAUGUCCCAGAUUUGCAGCCCACGCUGCUGACAGAGGACUUAGAACAUCACCUUCAUACCUGCCUCAUCGCCCGUUCUCUGUUCAAGGCGGUGAUGCCGCCCCAGAGAGACUCUAAGAUGCUUAGAUGAGGCCUGGGCUCUGCCUGGAGCGCUGGGUCUCAGGAUCUGCCUGGAGCGCUGGGCCCCGGGCUCUGCCUGGAGCGCUGCGUCUCAGGAUCUGCCUGGAGCGCUGGGCCCCAGGCAGCCCACACUGGGGCCUCACAUGACCUUUACCUGUACCGCCCCCAGGGAGAGACUUCUGCUUUUCCCAGAAGGUGGCUCCAUGAUUG